AUGCAUUUUACACGUUUUUUGCUCGCCAUUUGCGCAUUUUUCUGCAAGUUUUCUUCGGCCGAAAUCCAAACAUUGACUAUUGAUUUGAACUCGCGGGAGAGUUAUCAAAUCGAAUUCGAAAGCGCAGAUCUUGCUGAUGGCGUCUACAGUUACAGUGCGGGCCAAUGUACUGACAAAUUGAAUGAUUGCGGUGUGAUUAAGUCGGUCUGUUACAACUCUCUCUACUACCAGAUGAUGAAGAGUUAUUGCGGCAAAACUUGCAUGUUUUGUGGACGUAAGUUGAGUAUCGUUUCGCAUAACAAAACUUGAAAUUUUGAAUUUAAAUAUUCCGUUUUUUUUUUGCUUGAGUCACAAGUCAGGCCUUUGCCAUUAGAGUUGUUUAUAUAAGACUUUUUUUUACCGCAAAUUCUGUGGGCGGUUUGACCAGUGGGUAGUUUGGAAUGACUGCUCUUUGCAUAGGCAAAACGUGAUCAUCAGGCAGGAAUCUGGUAUGCAACACUAAACAACAAAUUCCGCUAUAUAAAAACAUUCCGUUUUUGAGAACACAUUCAAUCGAAAGAAGAUGCGGUACUAUUCUACUGAUUAUGUUUCCGGUCUAGUCGUGCUACUUCUUCUGUUGAGAGAUGGCGAUUCCACAAGCACUUCAUGUAGGCGAUAAUUUCUUUUGUGGGGGAGCUGAUCCAGUGGCAAAAAACGUACCGUUUUGCAUCCGUGAAGUAUCAAAAAAUGUGGCAAAAUACCUCCAUCUCCAAGUGAAAAAUCUCAGAUUUCAAAAGCGCGCCCACUCUUUUUGUAAGGAAAAGGGGCGCGCCCUUCAAAACGAAGUUUUUUCGCUUGGAUAGGGAAGCAUUUUGCCACAUUUUCGAUACUUUCCGGAUGUAAAAUGGUACGUUUUUUACCACUGGAUCAUACUGUACAGUCAGCAUUGGAACAGCCGUGUACUCUAUAGCUAUUAGUAAGGCAAAGUAUGCGUUUUGCAGUAACAAUCGAUACAUGGCCGAUAGUCGACACCUUUGCUAGUCUACACGUCAAUAAUCUGAAUGUUAUUCUUACCGGAGGUCGCGCUCCUUUAUCAACAAAGACAGACUUUUUUAUAUCCCUGACUGCUCUCCGUAUCUCCCCAAUUCUCUCGUUCUGAUGGACCGCAGAAUAUCGUACAGUGGCGGACCUGAUCCAGUGGCAAAAACGAUUCAUUUUGCAUCCGGGAAGUAUCAAAAAUGUAACAAAAUGCCUCCCUCUCCAAGUGAAAAGACUCCGAUUUCAAAAACGCCGCUCUUUUUGUCAGGAUAAGGGCACAAUAUGGAGGAUUUUAGUUGGGGAGGGAGGCAUUUUGCUAAAUUUUUUGGUACUUCCCGGAUGCAGAAUAGUACGUUUUUUGCCACUGGAUCAGGUCCCCCUCCGUUUUGAAGGGCGCGCUUUUGAAAUCGGAGUUGUUUUAGUUGGAGAAGGAGGCAUUUUACUACGUUUUUGAUACUUCCCGGAUGCAAAAUCGUACGCUGCCACUGUAAAUUGGCCUUGCCUACUAAAGUGAAAAAUUUACAGGAAAUCUAAGCGUCGCGCUUGGAACACUUUCCUUUUUACACAGCCUGAGUUCUCCAUGAUUUAUGCCCUGCCUCUCACGGAAAGUCGUUGAACUUCUCCCGGCUGCGGCCAACAUAAAGUAUAGGCUUUUUGUGACUAUCACAAAUUCAUAAUCUGUAUGCUUCCGAUGAAAAAUUAUGCCCGCUUAUGCCAAUUUCAAGAAGUCAUUAACAUUUGUAACCGUGGACAUGAUCAAAUCCUCGCCGCAAACUAGUCUAGUUCUAAAGCUCACCGAAAUCAAUGUCUCAUGUUAGUUUCUGCCCCUUUGUUCAACGCCGAAACAUUUUUGCAGAGAUAUGUUUUUCGGAUUGUUUGUUCAGCCAUCUUCCCACGUCAUGUCUUCUAAAAUUGGCCUUACAUUAGCCAUGCCUUGUACAAUCUGUUUCUCUCGUGAGUAUUAUUAAUACAAGGAAAAUUGUUCAAAUUUAUGCGGAUAUUUUACUUGAAAGCCAUGUCUAAUAUGGAGCCUCUUGGAACUUUGUUCUCGAGUAAUCGAAGGUCAAAAGUUACAAAUGCUUUGCUAGCUGGUAUCGUUGCGGUCUUCGUACUGUACAUUGUUUGGUUGUAUUGGGAAAAAUGUAUGUGCUGUCGUAGUUGAAGAUGAAGUUGGUCAUUUUGGAGGCUUUAUAAAAGCCGUUAUAUAAAUCCCUACCAUAUGAAACUUAUAUCAGUAGAGAGCGGUUUCAGCGUUCUUUCAGACGAUCUAAACAGAAAUUGCAAAGGUUUUUUGCCACUUGUGAAAAAUGCAAAACAAAAAACGACAAAGUCAUACUUCUAGACAUAGUAAAAUUCGGAAAAGUGUUGGGUAAAAAGUCAUCAGAAUACUGCGAAUUUCACAAGCUUUAAUUGCCGUAUUUUAGCUCAGGCCUGUACCGACAAAGCAGCCGAUUGUGCACAGAAGAAACAGCUUUGUAAUACAUGGGUAAGUCUUUCUUUUUACUGAAUUUUUUGCCUAGAACUUUGCCAAGAGGCUAACAAAGGAAGUACCCCAAAUGCGACGUUCAGAUUUUCUUUAAAUUUUUCACACACUUCGGGCAUAUACUGAAUAUCAAUUCCUGAAAGUUUUAGUUCGCGCAUUGCAAGCGACAACGAGAUAUUGAACCAUCUUUGCCGCCGAGAGAGUACGCUAAAAGUGGAGGGCAGUCAGAGAGAAAAUUUUGGCCAUAACUUUGCCAGUUCCGCGCGGAAAAAGUUGAUUUUUUGUGGAGACAUUACCCUUUAUGGUAGAAAUAGGCAUGAAACUUUUCGUGCCGAAAUUCGGCAAAAAGUCCUAAAUUUUCGCCAACUUUCGAUCUCAAAAUCUCGGUUGUUUCUGCACAACGCAAGCUAGGAUUCUCGCAUAUAUUUUAGAAAAAAUUAUUCUAAAUUUGUGCCAAGUUUCAUCCAAAUCUGAGCGUCGAACUUGGGGUACUUACCCUAUAAGCGUAGACUAAAAGUAUUCCCAAAGACUUUAAACUUGAUAUACCAGAAAUUCUGGUGGUGGUUUCCCAAACGUGACUUAUUCAAUGACCAAAGUAGACGGUAUUUUACCAUCCCCCUUUCCAGCCCUACACCACUUUGAUGGAGCAGCUGUGUCCGAAGACCUGUAAGCUGUGUGAUGUGGAGUGCGCGGACACCGAUCCAAAGUACGUUGGAGUUUUCAUUUCGUCGAUAAAUAUUUGUUUUCCCCCGAGUAAAAAACAAAAAAAGAUUUAUUUUUAGCUGCAAAGAAUAUGUGGCAAACAAGUUCUGUGAGAACGAAUACUAUCCGCAAAGCUUCAUCAAAGGCACUUGUGGACAGUCGUGUAAGCUGUGUGGAGGCAGUAAAUCAUAAUUUUUUUGGUAUGGAAUGUAAUAAUUAAGGAACUUGUAUAUCAUUCAAUAAUAAUGCAUAAUUUGUUUAGUUUCUUGUUAGAGAGUUGUUGAUCUAGAGAUAAUAAUAAAAGAAUAUAAAAGUGAUGACAUUUUGCACUCAAUUAUUGAGUGGCAUGUCAAAUAUUGUGGUCAUAUGAACUUAGAAUGGAGUAACUACAUAUAUACAAGUGAGCCUAAAAUUGUCAAGCCACAAGCCAUGUCUAAGCUGGAGUCGCCCGGAAAUUGCCUGUCUGAUAGCGAGUUUUCGGGUUGGCGAUACGUUUCGAUGCAUCGAUUCGUCUUUAUGUGCAUGGAAGAGGAUAGAAAAAAGCUCAUUGAUUUCGAUUAAGAUUUACAACCAGGUCUUCAUAUAGCUCAUCAUCUAUCUUUUGACGUAUUUUGCAAAGCAUAUAUUCAUCUUAAUAUCAGCAGGUAAAACUUUUCGGGGCUAAGGUAGUACAGCCCCCCAGUCCAGUUUAGCCCCCCAUGACCCAGUACAACCCCCCUCGUCCAUUCUCAACCCCAAAAUUUAUUUCAAAGAAUUAAUCCAAGUUGUAUGGUCCAGCACAAGCCCCCUACGUUUUAGAUCAAGCCACCUACGUUUUAGAUGAAGCCCCCUCCGUUUUAGAAAAAGCCCCCUACGUUUUAGAUCAAACCCCCAACGUAGUAGAUCAAACCCCCACUUACAUUUUUUGUAUUAUUCUAAUUUGUUCAUUAUGUGGGGUGUGAAACGGGCAAAACAGUGGGGGUUUGAACUACCUUUCGUGGGGGGCUGAACUACCGAAGCCCCAACUUUUCUUAAUGUCUAGUACAAUAUCGGGGCAGGGUGGGUAGCAGCUGUACUUUAUGUGGCCUCAUUAUAUAUACUGCGCGUCAAAAGUUUGGAACAAUCUAGAUCUUCUUUGCGGCUUGAGAUGGGAGUUUCAUUUCUUUUCUAUUAGAAGCUUCAUUUAUGGAGAACCUCAAUGAAUAUAUAGCCAUCAACAUCAGAAAGCUCGUUGGAGUUUAAUAAAAAAUUUUAAAAAAUAAGUGCGUCAAAAGUUUGGAACAACCUUUGGAAGGUGAUUGUAAACUUCGGGAUGAGGCAGGAUAUCCACGAAUUUAGUAUUUUUGGAUGAUGCAAGGAAUCAGAAUGCCAGUGGCAUACUGAUUUUCAACGAUAGACCCAAACUGAAAAAAAUGCUUAUUGAGCCAAAAAUUACGGUCAAAUUUGCGAAAAAAUAAUUUUUUGGUUUCGGUUCUACAUGUUAUCGGUGUGUAAGCGUUCUAAAAUAUUUAAUAUGGUCGCAUAAUUGUAGAAGGGCACUCAGAUCUUCGCAUAGGGACCUUAUCCGCACAGCAUAAUUUAUGAAAAUUUUGAGUUUUGCAUUAAAUCUUGAUUUAAUGUAUUUUAUAUUUUUUAUAGAGCGGCUUGGAGGCUAAUUGGCUUUCUGACCGUCAUCGUGGAAUAAAAAGGUAUAUGCAAGAAGCAGAACAUGGCCGCUAUUUGCAACACAAAGGCCACAACUUUAAAAAAGGCGGGUAUAUGAAAUGUUAAUAUUCCCGUAUUUUUUAUCUUCGAUUUGAAGCCGCUGCAUGGUGCAAAACUAAGUGCCUUUUUCGUUAUCACGCUGAUACAGUAUUAUAAACCAUUUCUCCAAGAUAUCACGCCACAAAUCCGGGUGAGAUAUGAAUAAUGAUUUUGGGACUAAAAAAUUUUUAAUGUCUGAAAGAUGUGGCCUUGGAUGUUGUAAAUGGCGUGGAUUUUUGAUGCUUGAAAAUACCUUUUUAUUCCACGAUGACGGUCAGAAAGCCAAUUAGCCUCCAAGCCGCUCUAUAAAAAAUAUAAAAUACAUUAAAUCAAGAUUUAAUGCAAAACUCAAAAUUUUCAUAAAUUAUGCUGUGCGGAUAAGGUCCCUAUGCGAAGAUCUGAGUGCCCUUCUACAAUUAUGCGACCAUAUUAAAUAUUUUAGAACGCUUACACACCGAUAACAUGUAGAACCGAAACCAAAAAAUUAUUUUUUUCGCAAAUUUGACCGUAAUUUUUGGCUCAAUAAGCAUUUUUUUCAGUUUGGGUCUAUCGUUGAAAAUCAGUAUGCCACUGGCAUUCUGAUUCCUUGCAUCAUCCAAAAAUACUAAAUUCGUGGAUAUCCUGCCUCAUCCCGAAGUUUACAAUCACCUUCCAAAGGUUGUUCCAAACUUUUGACGCACUUAUUUUUUAAAAUUUUUUAUUAAACUCCAACGAGCUUUCUGAUGUUGAUGGCUAUAUAUUCAUUGAGGUUCUCCAUAAAUGAAGCUUCUAAUAGAAAAGAAAUGAAACUCCCAUCUCAAGCCGCAAAGAAGAUCUAGAUUGUUCCAAACUUUUGACGCGCAGUAUACGAAGCGCUUUAUCUCAGCUUCAAACACGUGUAUCCAACAUUCUCCGCGAUGCCUUUCAAAGCUCACAGGAAUUCGCACAAAUCGACGGCCCAAAAAUUUGCAAGACUUAUGGGACACCCUAAUAUUUUAGAUGUAUAGUAGUGCAAUAGUAUCCAGGUAAAGCUUAUGGAUCUUUUUUUUUUGGAGCAGGCUUUGUUCUAUUCUAUGUUACAAUAACUCAGCGUCAAGAAAACUAAGGUUAACAGAGGCUAAAAUUAGAAAAACUGGUAUAACUGUAGGUCUUCACAAAGUCUCCGCCAAGCCGUUGCUUUUUUAAGCCUCCUCUUCUCCUAAGCCUCGUGUCGAUCAACUUUGUGUUGACCAAAACUAUUGCCGACCCAAAUAGCCCGUUUGCGUCCCGGCUACUUUAUGACAAAACCAAAUUGACACUCGAACCCAUCGCAAAGCAGUAAACUUUACUGUUUGUUCAUCGACCUGUUAGAUAACAAAGAAAAAAUGUUUUCUCCACAACAAGUAAUUUCCCAGAAAAAUAACAAUGUUAUUUUCGGUAGUCACGUUUCCGCAACGAUUAACAAAUCAUUACCUGAAAUACUUUGCAAACCAAACAAUUUUACCUUUGGGACUUCAGGCUGUGGUCGGUGAUCCCUGAUUUAUUCUCGAUUAAAAAACAUGUGUACCGGUUGUUGGCUGCAUUGUAUGUACUUUGGAUGCGGUUUGAACUCUCAGGAUUUAAAACAGAAAUCUGGGACAUUAACAAGCAAAGAGGGUUUUUUGGCCAAGAAUUAAAAAAAACCUCUUGGCACUGAAUAAUAGGCGAACUAUUUUUGUUGCAGAUAAAGUUCAGAUCGAUCGGAUUGAAGGGGCAAAGAACUUUUUAUAAAACUUCGAAGUGCAGGGCAUUUGAGGUGGAGUUUAUAACGUCAGUAUUCGAAGCAUGACGAUAUGAUUUUUUUCGAACUAGCUCUGUCUAAACCACUUACGGUGGCUGCAGAAAAUUUUACUUUGACAGUGUUAGGUGCAGCCAAGAUAUGCAGCAAACUUUAAAGACAAAAAACAAUAAGAAAGAUGGCAAACGGCCAAUUCAAAAGAUGGGAUUAUUAAAAUCUUGAUGGCUUCUGAAAAGUGCGUGCAUAAGAUCUCCCAUAUAUCUUGGAAAACUUUAAAAAAAUUUAGCUAACACGAAUCAGUGAAUUAUAAUUUCAGUGUUUUCUAUGCAAAGCAGUAGCCUACGAAACAAUAAUUAUCCUCAAAUCAACUCUACUGAAGAAGAGUUCUCAUUCUUCUUCAAUUGCCCAUUUAACCUUGCUUACAAAAUCUAUAUGACAAUAAAUUGACCAGAAGACAUGUCAACAAUUGCUUAUCAUCAACGGUGGUAAGAAAAAAGUUGCUUGCCUUCACUUCGAGACCAAAGUUUUGUCAUAGCCUACGGGGAAAGGUAAAUGAUUAAAUUCAAAUCAACAUACUUUGAACUAAAGACUGUAAGAUUCAGUUAACAUUUAAAAAAUAGUCAAAGUCUAGACCAGAGUUCAAAAAAUCGACUUUUUUGAAGUCAAAUCAACAAGGAAUCUAGUGCAUACAUGAUGCCUAAAAAGGGUCUUUUUCAAUUUUGAUUCCAAACUUGGGGUACCUUGCAUGGAAUCGAUGAUAGGGCUUCGCGUUCUCUGCUCACCCCAGCCCAAUAUACGGCUAUCUUCGUGGCACCAAAGAACGGAUCGCCUCAAGCAGCUGUUUAUCAAUUAAACCCAACGACUCUGGCGUCUCUCCGUUCGCCCGCCGUCUUCUCGGACUGUCACGUUUUUCGCGUCUAAAGAACAUCUUCGAUGGGGGAAAACAAACGACAGGGGCCGACCAAACGAGGUGGAGUAAUAAUUUCAAAGAACGUACAAACGGCACCAAACUGCAGAGGUAUAUAAGGCGAGGUGGAUGCAGCGGAUGGACUCUAUUUUUGCGCCGAUUCGGGAAGCACAUUGUUCGGGUUGUGUGGAGAAUAGAACUACGGCAUAGGUAGUAGAAGAAUCUAGAGUUUGUUGGGUCUAAAAAGACUGAAUUUCAGUGAUAUUGAUAGAGGGAGUAUAACAGUCUAGGCUAUGAAGUGAAGAGCCCAAAAAAUUUGCCGCGGAUUAAGACAAAUCUUUGCUGUAGCACCAGCGGAAUUAUUAGGACAUUUGAGAAAAGUUUUUUAGCCCCAAAAGAGAUGAUAUUUUUUCUUUAAUUUUCCUUUACAGUGAGGGACCUGAGCCAGUUGCAAAAAACGUGCCAUUUUGCAUCCAGGAAGUAUCAAAAAUGUGGCAAAAUGCCUCCUUCUCCAGAUGAAAAAUCUACGUUUUGAACUGCGCGCCCUUUCCCUCACCAAAAGAGUUCUUGGCAGUUCUGGUCGCGCUUUUGAAAUCGGAGCUUUUUUCUGGGAGAAGGAAGCAUUUUGCCACAUUUUUGAUGCUUCCUCGAUGCAAAAUGAUACGUUUUUUGCCACUGGAUCAGGUCCGCAAGCGUAUGUUCGACAAACCAUUGAAUAUUUUGGCUGCGGGCAAAGAGCAAACUGAGAUUUUCAAGAACUGGUAUAUGGUCCAAUAUGGAGUUUGUUACCGCAUUUUUGGUCGGCCCCUUUGUAGCAUUACAUCUGCGAUUUUUUAAUUUUUUUCCAAUAUUAGUUCUUUUGCUUUAACAGUGGCUAAAAGGCGGGUUGUCAGCCUCUGUAAACCCACAGACGCCGCAUGAUGGAAGAUCCUUUACUUUCAAACAAGUGUGAAAUCUAAGGAUCCUUUUUGUUUUGCAAGAACAAUUUUUUGGUCUUUCUCCGUUCUCUAAUCACAUGGGCUUCUAGAAGAAGCACAAACAAUAAAUUCAUAAAAGAAACUUCUCUCGGUUGAUCAAAGAACGGCUUUUUUACGAAAAGAGGAAACACUUGGGAUCAGAGAACUCUGAGCUAGUCUUGACGUCUUUUGGGGGCUAAAUUAAACUUCGACAACGCCGUAUUUUACCUUGCUUUUCUCUGCUAGAAAUUCUUUUUUCUUGGAGCAAACUUUUUUACAACCAGUCUAGACUACCAUAGGCCCGGUGAAAUGCCCUUUGAGCUAUUGGUCUGCAAACUGUUGACAGUCAAAAAAGUUGUUUACAGAGACGGGAACCUUUCUAUUUCCUUAAUCAUUUAUCUUAUUUUUUAACAUGAUACUCGGCCGUUGUAAAUUUUACGACUGUUUACAUAUUUAGUACAUUUUUUCGGUCGCGAAAAUUCGAUUUUUACUUUUUACAAAACUCACAGCCUAAGGCAUUAACCUUUUUAUGUCAUCAGAAAAUUCAAAGCCAUACGCGUUAACCUUGACUAAUUUCAGAUCUAAAAAUGGCGUUGAAAACCUCGAUUCCCCGCUACACAAAGUUGGCAACCAAUCUGAAACAAUUCGCGGCGGUGAAAAGCCCCGUGCCGGAUGUGGAAACGCAAUUUUCGUACGUCCAUGGCGCCACCAACGCGCCUCUUCUGAAUCACACAAUCGGCCAGCGGCUCAAGCUUGGUGCUGAGACCGUGCCGGACAAGGAGAUCUGCAUCUUCUUGGAGGAGAACACCCGAAAAACUUAUGAGGAAUUCCAUAAAGAGGCCUCCCAAUUGGCGGCGGGAUUUUGCAACCUCGGGCUGCAAAGAAACGAUCGGAUUGGAAUCUGGGGCCCGAAUUACUAUGAAUGGUUGUUGACCAAGUAUGCGGCAGCUCUUGGGGGAUUUUGUCUGGUCAAUAUUAACCCCGGAUAUCAGACUGAAGAGCUCAGAUUUGCGUUGCGGAAAGUGGGAGUGUCAGCAUUGGUGACUCCACCCGAAUUCAGGAAAAGCAAAUAUUACAAGUGAGCUAACAAAACGUUGAAAUUGAAAGCCUUAGAAACGCUUAUAGAGCUUUCAAACCAAAACUUAAAUCAUCCUCUAUUGAUGUUAUAUUUAACUCCAAUUUUUCCAGCACAAUCCACGAGAUCAUCCCGGAGCUCACGAUUCUCCCCGACGGCUGUGGAAGUGUCCAUUCCAAGAACCUCCCCGACCUCAAACAUCUCAUCGUAUUUGGCAACCACACCAACCUCAAGGGCGCUUGGAACUUGAAGGACGUCGCUGAAGGCGGCAACGGCUCAAAUGCCCGCAAAACCCUGGCGGAAUACGAAAAUCGCGUUCGAUUCGACGACCCUGCCAAUAUUCAAUUUACCUCGGGCACUACUGGCCAUCCCAAGGCGGCUACUUUGACCCACCACAACAUUGUGAACAACUCCUACUUCUCCGGUCUUCGGCUCGAAUUCGACAAGGGAGAUCAUCGAAUUUGUGUGCCCAACCCUCUCUACCAUUGUUUGGGAUCGGUUUGCGGCGAGUUGAGCUCCGUAGUUCACCAACAAACCGCCAUUUUCCCGUCGGCCUGGUUCAACGCCAAGUCGACUUUGCAUGCGAUCAGAGAGGAGAAGGUGACGUCAUUGUUUGGAACACCGACCAUGUUCAUUGAUUGUCUAAAUCACCCGGAUUUGCAAAAGACAGAUGUGUCGUCGCUGUAUAAUGGAAUGGUCGCUGGAUCGCCUUGUCCUAGAGGUAAGAAGAAGAUGGAAAUCUUGGGGCUUUAGGGACAUUUCAAUACAGUGGGGGACCUGAUCUAGUGGCAAAAAACGUACCAUUUAGCAUCGGAAAGUAUCAAAAAUGUGGCAAAAUGCUUCCCUCACCAACAAAAAGAAGUUUUUUUACUUGAAGAGGGAAGCAUUUUGCCACAUUUUCGAUCCUUCCCGGAUCAAAAUGGUACGUUUUUUGCCACUGGAUCUGUUCCCCCACUGUACUUUCUACGCUUAAAAAUACAUUUUUUUGACUAAACUUUCGAGUGCAAUAUAUGUAUAUAGAUGCUCUUCCAUACUCCCAACAUUAACCUUCUCCUUUCCAGACAUGAUGAAACGCCUGGCCGAGGAAAUGAAUCUCCACAAACUCGCGAUUGCCUACGGCUCCACCGAGGUCUCCCCGAUGUGCCUGAUGGUUCGCUCGGAAGUGGAAGCGCCCAAGCGUUGGGAAUCGGUGGGCACGAUCUGCGAGCACGUCGAGGUCAGCAUCAUCGACACCGAAGGGCACGUGCAGCCGAUCGGAGAGCCGGGCGAGAUCUGUGUGCGCGGCUACUCGGUGAUGCGCGGGUAUUGGGACGAUGAGGAGAAGACGCGGAAGGAGAUCACGCCCGAUCGCUGGUAUCACACCGGAGAUAUUGGAGUGAUGGAGCCGGAUGGAAGUGUGAAGAUUGCGGGCCGCUCCAAGGACCUGGUGAUCCGCGGCGGCGAGAACAUCUAUCCGGCGGAGGUGGAGCAGUUCCUCUUCACGCACGACUCGAUUGCGGACGUGCAUGUGGUGGGAGUGCCGGACGUGCGAUUCGGCGAGGAAUUGUGCGCCUGGAUCCGACUCAAGGACGGGCACGAGAACUUCACCGAGGCCGAGUUGAAGGAGUGGUGCAAGGGCAAGAUUGCGCACUACAAAGUGCCGCGAUAUGUGCUGUUCAAGAAGGAGCAGGACUUCCCGAUGACCGUCACCGGCAAGGUGAAGAAGAACGUGCUGAGAGAGGUGUCUCGAAAGGAGUUGAAUCUGGUGCCCGAGGCUAUUCACUACAACGCCUAA